AUGACCGGUACGAAGCGCGUGCGCCCGCCCGCCGAGUCUGGCAUCCCGCCCGCCCUGUCCGCCAUCAAGCCGACGAACCCGGCGCUCUACGCCUGGCGUCUGCACGCCCAUGUGCUUCGGCUGCCGGCGCACCCGGCCGCCCCCGGCUGGUGGUGCACACACCCGCUCGUCAUGGCCGAGCUGCUAACGUUCCUUGCCGAGCCGCCGGAGACCGUCGAGCAGACGGACGCCUGGCUUGCGUUUCGCGAGGCGUGCGCGCGGCAGCUGGCGGCUUGCCACGCGUGUGCUCGCGAGUAUCACAAGGCGGCCGCCAAGUGGGAGGUGGACGUCACAUGUAGUACGACGGUGUCGCAGAUCGUAGCGCACAGGCUUAUUCGAGGGCUUGUUGCCUGGGAUGUGAAGAGACUGCUUCCGCGGUUGAGAAAGAGCCCGCUGUUGGCAAGGGGAGCCUUGGGGGAAAAGGUAUUUCUUUCGGAGGCGAAGUUGGCGGAGAAGGUUUGUCGCGAUGCGUUUUUGGAGUGCUUGUUGAAUUUUAGGGUGUGCAUGAGGGCGAAGGUAGCCGAGACAAUGGCUGAGUUGUUUAAGAGAGGGACAGUGGUGCAAACCAAGGAGGAUGUCAAGCCGAUGGUCGUCGAGAUGGGCGUGGUGCCUUCGGGCCUGAUGGCCUUGUGUUUUAACCAAUCGUUCACGGUUCGAGCGUGGGCGAAGAGGAUCAUCGCCGACGUGUGCCCUUUUCCAGAAAGGGCUGAUGCGCACGCGAGGAGUUUCCUGCUGCGCAAGGGAAUAAGCGCCUGCUUGGGUAAUGCAAAAGGGACGGGCAAAGGGGACUGCUCUCCACGCGCGCGGGCAGAGGCCCGGAAGGCCGCAUGGGAGGGUUUCGGCGCUAUUUUUGUACAUCUCCGCAGAAAGGAGAUUCUGAGUUUUGUCAGGUCAGUGCCUGACGGUGGCGUCUUGGAGAUGUGUCUGAAAGCCGUUAAUGACAAUGACGACGCGACUGCAUCUAUUGCUAUUGACUGCGCCCUGAAUAUGCUCACGCGCCUGCAUCCUAGUGAGCUGGAGCCAUCCAAGCCGCUGACUGAAACUGUCCUACUAGACGGGGUUGUCAACUCUUUUCAUGCCAAAGACAGCGUCAAGACAAAGACUAAACUGCUCUACCUCAUGCCGCUGCUUUUGGCCACGUCUCCACAACCAGAGACGAACCGAGAAAUAUCACGGCUAUUCUGGUUAUGUUUUGGAAUCAUUGAAAAGACGUACGAACCGCACGGGCAUCGACGUUAUGGUAGAAACUUGCUCAGUGCCGAGCCGCUCCCUGAUAACAAACUCCAAACUGCGGCAUUGAGGGCUGGUGCUAGUCUUCUGACCUGGUAUUUUCCGACAACAGUAUGCAACGGCACCGUCUCUGAAUCGGAUGCAUUCGGUCAAUUUGCUAUCACCGUGUUACACACCGAGCCACAAGCUGCCUGGGCAUGGAAUUUGAUUCGCACCCUCUGCUUUACUGACGUCCUGAGCCUUCUUCAGUGGGUACUGCCGCGUGCAGACAUGAAUGAUAUUCGCGCGAUUUCACAAACGAGGUGGCCACAAACUGCGGCAUUGCAGGAGGAGGAAGCGACAUCAAUGAAAAAGAUAAUAGAAGCGAGUAACAGCAAUGAGAGGGUUGUUUCGUGGGUUGGCCCUCUCUGGCUUGCUUGGGAGUCGGGAACCCUAGCCAACGCGAUCCCAGAUUGUCAAAGAGACAUAGUACAGUCUGAAGAGGCAAAACUUUUGAUGGAUCUCCAUCAAAUGGUCGGACUUGUUGAUCCCGCUUCUUGUCUUCGAGGCAGUGGCAAAGAGCUUGGUCCAGCAAAAGUGUCAGGGCUCUUUGCAGAAGAUUACUUGCGGAACUUAGAAUUAUCCUGUGAGCGGAUAGGUCGAAUUCAAAGAAUUAUUCGAUUGCGCUUCUGCAAAGCCUGUGCCACCGAGGGAAACCAACUAUGGUGGAGUCAGCUACCUUUUCAUGCAUCUCAUUUGCUUGGAAGCGCCAAUAGAGAGAUUGGGAACAGCGGGAUAUCCGUUCUUCUCAAGUAUCGAAGAUUAGCCGGGGCGACUUCCGUGGUAACUCGUCCGACGCUUUUGGCGGUUGACCUGAAGAGCGACGCGGGAUUAGGGAAUGAUGUUGCGGACGGAUGUUUGGUUGCCAUACGCAUAGUGUCGGCUCUGGGUAAGCGCACCUCUGUGAGAACAUACGCGACCUUGUUGACCUGGUAUGGUACUUUGAUGGACAGCGAUUACCCAAAGUUGCUGGAGCAUGAGAACUGGAAGUGGGUACUGGGAGUUACGCGGACCUUUCUUCGAUGUUGGAAGGAGUUUGAGGACAACACUAAUCGUGUCAUUUUCAACGAAGUGGUCUGCAAGUUCUUAACGUGUCUGCGUAAUAUCUGGAAAACGCUAUCGAACAUCGAAAACGAUAGCGAAGACGAAUUGAACGAAGAGAAGCAAAACGCGCGCCAAACUGUCCUAGACGGAAUAUGGACAGGUCUAUUCAGCAUGGAUACACUGCGAAGUGUGAUCUGUCGUGGCGCAUGGACAAGAACAGUAUGUGCACUGGCUCCGUAUUGGAAAGAUAUUCGAAGACUCCGCGAUAAGAUGGUUCUCAUUAUUGAAUAUCAUGAGUCUCAACGGAAUCUGUUGAGUUAUGAAGAGUGCAAGUCCAUUGCUGAGGAGUCUGAGCUGAAGGAGGUGAAUCGACCCUUGCAGCGGUGGGCGGCUGAUGGUAAACGAAUGUCGCAAGACGCAUAUGGAGGAAAAAAGUUGCAGAUGAAAAUGGAUCAAUAUUCCCAGAAGCUUGUGUCUAAGGAUGGGAAGAUUGCUAGUCGGCUAGUCGAAAGAAAAGCACCGCAACCAUCCCUUUCUCAGAGUCGUCUGUCCAUGCCCAAGUCUUCGAAACAGUUUUCUGGGUCUCAUAUUGCUUUCAAAGCAAUGGGCGCUCCGUCUGUUUUGAACAACCUGCGAAGAGGAGUGCAGAAGAGCCUCAGCCGUCAAAUACCAAAGAGAUAUACGCGACCAAAUGUGAGCGCCCCAGCGGUUAUAGGGGGCAAGACGAAAUUUGAACUACUGGUUUUACAGGAGCGGGCCAAGAAAACAGGGCGAAACAACAUGACGGACCGUCGUGGAGAAAUGGCUAGAAUUGAAAGCGAGCGCAACAUUGCUGAUGGUUCCAGAAAGGAGCGUGAAGGAACACCAAUUAUCGAACCCUCGGGCAAUUUAGCCUCUGAAGAGAAGAGAAAAGAUAUUCGUCUACCUCAAUGGCGGAGACGCUUGAAUCCGCGCAUCAAGGAACGUCUUUAUCAAAGUAUUCUCCAGGGAUGUUCAGGCGAUGCCAUUCAAAGGAGUGAAUUCGUGAAAUCCGCGGCUACAACAUUUGAUCAUUUUGAAGACGUUGAAACUUACGUCAGUCAUUGGGAACCAAUAAUCACAACGGAACUUCGCGCCUCUCUUCGAUCUAUCAUUGCGGAGGAAGCUGGUUUCGCAGCCAAACAGAGUCCAGAUGAAUAUAGAGGUUGCCGUGCAGCUUUCAUGGUAGAGGGUCCAGUGGAAAGCGUAGGCUAUAUUCAGAAUUUUUCUUUGCGGUAUUGCGGAGAGGUGAAGACACAGCAGGUAUCGUUUGAACGUGGGAUUUCAGAUUCGCAGUUCGACGCCAUGAAAAUGCAACCUUGGGACAUUGUCUUAUUGCGGAUUCCGCCUUCGAAAUAUAACCUGCAAGCAGAACCAUCGUCCGUGGCAAGAAACGUUCUUGGUAUCGUCGUCAAAGUCACCCGCAAUCCUGGAAUAUUUCAAGUGAAGCUCAAUGUAGCAUUCGAUCGUAUCGAUACUGCGCCAGGGAAGGGACGUGAAAUCAUGAUAAGCAAACUGACGAGCAUGACCACUUUUCAUCGCCAACUUGAUGCUUUGUACGGCCUUCCAGACCUGUCAGAUGUUGUGCUGUGGAACAUUCUUGAGCCUCAACGUAGUCUGGAGAUCAAGCACAACUUCAACGAACACCGACUGCUCUCUGUCGGCGACGAUGUACAAUCUCGCCUUGAUUUCAUUAGACAGCUGCGUUCGUCGAAUACACUCAACGAGAGUCAGAGCCUUGCAACUGAGGAUGUUAUUCACGCCUGUGCUCCAAUUUUCGCGCCGAAAGCUAAUCGCCUGCUUUCGCAGGGCGGUGCUCACAGGCAUGGAAGCUUGACGUUAAUACAAGGGCCUCCUGGAACAGGAAAGACGUCAACAAUUAUCGGACUUCUCUCUGCAGUCCUAUUUCAAAAAGACAAGGGACGAUCAUGGGGUCGACAUCGUGUUCGAUUCGAGGAUGGUGUCAUCACAAUGCCCUUGGCUCCCAUUAGGGUGCUUAUCUGUGCCCCUUCGAAUGCAGCAGUAGAUGAAAUCAUGUACCGUUUGAUGGAAGAUGGUCUGCACACAGGGGCAGGGUGCAAAGCAUCUCCUCGAAUGGUGCGGAUUGGAGGCGGAACAACUAGAGACAGCAUCAAGCAGCUAGAACUGCGAGCAAUAGCUGACGAACACCUUGCUAAGAACAUGAAAGAUUCCACUGCAGGCAGCGCUAGGGCUCUCUGCUCUGGAAUUCGCACCCUUCAGGCAAAAAUCAAGACCCUGGAGGAGAAAAUGUCAAACUGCCAAGAAUCUGGGGAGUCCGGGGCAGCCGUUCCCCAAUCGGAAACUGCGUCGAAGGAGCUCAUCGAAAUGAAGUCAAAAAUCAGCACCAUGCGUGAUCAACUUGCACGAGAGACCAUGAGUGGCGUGCGUCCGGCACAACGAGGCUCAGGUCCGAACGACAUCCCCUCUAGGAACGCGAAAAUUUUGAAAGCCAUGAGCACAGUCUUGAAUAGCAGUAGCGUAAUGUUUGCGACCUUAAGUUCUGCUGGACACGAGGUAAUGCAAAAUUUCGCAGCGAAACCUGAUCUGAUUAUUAUCGAUGAAGCAGCACAAUGCGGCGAACCAGAAGCAUUGAUACCGCUAACUGCAUCGCAAGCGAAAGGUGCAGCGCACGUUGUUUUCGUCGGGGAUCCAAAGCAGCUCCCGGCCACAGUGAUCUCAACAGAUCAGAAAGUCGCGAAAGCGCUGCAACGCUCGUUAUUUGAACGAAUUGGGGAAGCAUGCCCGCUUGCUGUUCACAUGUUGAAUACCCAAUACCGCAUGCACCCUGCCAUUGCAGCGUUUCCAAACCAGCGUUUCUACGAUAACCGAUUACUCAAUGGCUCAAACGUUACGUCGGCGGAUAUGUCGCCAGCUCAUCACGGCGACAUACAGAAGCGGUUUGGGCCCUGUACGUUCCUUGACACAUCGCAUGCGAGAGCAGAAGAAUCCCGGGGCUCUAAGGGAUCUCUGUACAACAUUCGCGAAGCCUCAGCAGUUGUAAGCGCCUUGGCCGCUUUGUAUCGAGGGUAUGAUGGCGCGAAGCUAGUCGGACAGAUUGGAAUCUUGAGUCCGUAUAGGCAGCAGGUGUCACUGCUGAACAGACUAAUUUCUCAGGAUCCUGUUCUGAGGGCCGCUGCGAUUGAAGUCAGUACAAUUGAUGGGAUCCAAGGAAGGGAAAAGCCGAUUAUUUUUAUAAGCACUGUGCGAAGUGGGCGUACUAAAACCAUUGGAUUUGUUGAUGACGAUCGCAGAAUGAAUGUCGCAAUCACGAGAGCAAAACAUACUCUCGUGGUGGUGGGAAAUGCAACUGUCCUAGAGCAGCAUUCCGGACUUUGGGCCUCGUUUAUUUCAUACUGCCGUUCGGAAUCACGUCUUUCUGUUUUACCGUCAAACUCACAGGCUUUCUUUGCGGACGUGCGACCACCAACAUCGAACAAAGAAGCCCUGUCCUCUUCGUCAACUGCUCCAUGCCAAGAGGAUAGCAGGCCAGUCAAGAGAAGGAAAGUUGAGAGGCCACGGCAAGAUCGCAAGCGUGAUAUCCCGAGCUCAAAGUCAGACCAGACAUCCAGUAUUCCAGAAGGCAUUGGAAAGAAUGCAAAUCCUCAGAAGACAAUCGUUUCUGAGUCUCAAACCCGUCAACGUGUACUGCAAGUCAGCAGAGAUUCAGCAAUUACUCAUCCGGUAAGCGUUCGCCCCAUCGACAAAAAAGGAAAGACCCGCACCCAACAGCGAAAAAAAUGUGUGUCUUUUUCAAUCCCAAGCAACAGCGAUGCAAACCGAGGUAAGGGGGCUGAAAGCCAGGCCAACGAAACCACUCAACAAGAGAUCAACCAGGUUAAACCGAAAAAAGUGCAGCUGAGAUCAUGCCCCGUCGUAGAUGUUGGCAAAGGCUUAAUGGCUGCGGUAUCAAGCGAAAAGGGAGUAAGCAGUGAUGGCCGAAAGGAUCAUUCAGCGGACAAGAAGAGGACAGAUCUCGUCAGUCAAACGGAUAUGCGGCACACCAAGCGGUCCCAGUUCGAAUCUAUGCAGAUGGAUUCACUCAGACCGCUACCGAACAGAAGCACUUGUGAAAUGCCUCCCCAUCGUGAUGAGCUAAAGAAGCCCAGUCGGAUUCGUGAAUCUGGUCCAGGCCAAUACGCUUUCUGCGAGAACGUAAGCGGGAGCCGGUCUAAGGCUUCAAAUCUCCCCCAGAAAGAAAGGCGUGAAGUAGGAGUAGCACAUCCUCAGAACAUUGCCAAGCAUAUACGAGAGGGCCGAAACGCCAAAAUUCCCCAGGAAGUGUCCUUACCUGAUUACCAAAAGUUGCAGUCCAAUUGCAACUCAACGAGAAAUCACAGCCCCUCAGCCGUCACGUCGCGACAUGGAGAUCGAAGCAGAAUAGCGGCUCCAAGUUCGACAUCCGUGAUCUCGCGGUUAGGGAAUCGGGGACGAUCCGAAGACUCGAAUGUCGAUCAGCUUGUGCAGAAGCAAAAAGUGCCCGUUCGGAUGAAAUCGAAUUCCAUCUUUGAGCGUUUAGGACAGCGGAUGCAUGCAACUCAUCCAUUUGAACUUCCAAAAGAGAGCGCAAGACAUGCUGUGAGCAAGGACAGCGAGAUAAAUUCCUUGAAAGCAAAUCGCCAUAAGGUCGGGGCUCGUUGUCAUGAGCGACCUAUCCACCAUGGCCGUCCCAUGAUUGAAAAAAAAGGUACUCAUGCUGCGAGAGGCGUGAGUGAUGAUCGCUUGAAUCAUGAAGUAGAUCGCGGCGGAAGCACACGAUUGCGUGCUUCCGCUCGUGGUUAUAUUCUCCAGAAUCAAGACACUGCUCUACGCUCCUCGUCCGCUCAACCUCCAACCUACCCUUUUUCCGCAGAAAGCACAAGGGGAGAGAAGAGGCGGAGAGAAGAGAAAGCUGGGCAACACGAAAAUUGGGCCAGAGGCGGUGCAACUAGCUGGAAGAACGAAGCAGGACUCACAGAUGUGCGAAGACAUUGGGCUAACGGUACUACCAGACCCCAGCGUGAGCUGCGAUGGGAAAAAGGAUCGAGUGAGACACACAGAAGAACAGAGCGCCAUCAGAAUUAUGCGCGAGAAAGAGGUUUUAAUGAUCCUGAGGAGCAUAUACUGCGGAGACGCGACAGACAUGAGCCCCCUCGGCGAAGAGAAGACGUAUUGCAUCGUGAUGACCGCAUUAGCAAUGCGAAGAGGGCCAAUGGAUAUGGGCGGCCAAGCAAUAUUCUCGAACAUGAGCACUUUCAUGCGGGAAUUGGCAACAGGAAGGACGGACCAAGGCACGAUGAACCAAGUGGAAGGGGGUACUACGGAGAAGAUCCAUUUCUUCGGAGACAUGCCAUGCCAAAUCGGACAGGCCACAGGCGACGAUGA